CCUCGGUAUGUGGAUGGUUCCGGAGGAGAAAAAAAAACACUGAUCUGGAGUCAGUUUAAUUUCAUCGUCGGUCUCCUGGAACAGUCGGUUCCCCGGAAUGAAAGGGGAUGCGAGACAGGAGGCUGGAUGGAUGCGAGGAUGUGCGGGGCGUCGGGGAGGAGCGCUCCCUGUAAAGCCAGCAGCAGUGUCGCGUAAUGUGCCAGUGCAGCCGGAGAGGCGCAGCAGACAGGGCGCAGCAAGCGGGGAUCGGAGCAGCUGCAACUCCAGGAAGAGGUGCUGGGAGGCCCGAGCGAGGCAGCUUAAAAGCCUCAACCCAGAGGAGCGCCGCCUGUGGAUGGACAGUGCAGGCACCAAUGGCAUCACCGGAGCUUGUGGAUGGAAGAGACUCUGCCGCUGAUACUGUAAACCCAGGAAUGGAGGGUGGUGCCGUGCCCAGCGGCGGGAAAACUUGUCCUGUCCACGUUCAGGGUGGCGAGGAUGCAAAGAGGGGCUUUCGGAAAGGCAUAGGCAGGCAUAAUGACUAUGUGAAGAUCUCUGUGCUGGAGUCCAAGGUCAACCGUCUGCCCAUGGAGUGGUGGAAGACGGCAAUCGCUUUCUUUUAUGCUGGUUUUAACUUGGUCCUGACAACAGUCGUCAUCACAAUCGUCCACGAGAGGGUCCCACCUAAAGAGAGCAGCCCGCCUCUUCCUGAUAAGUUUUUUGACUAUAUCGACAGGGUCAAGUGGGCCUUUACAGUGACAGAGGUCAAUGGGAUGCUGCUGCUGGCCAUUUGGAUGAUCCAGCUGUUCUUCUUUAGAUACAGGUCAAUAGCAUUCAGACGGUUCUUCUUCCUCAUCGGCACCCUGUACUUGUACCGCUGCGUCACCAUGUACAUCACCACCCUGCCUGUACCUGGUAUGCACAUGACCUGUGCUCCAAAGCUUCAUGGAGACUCCCAGGCAAAAAUUCAGCGAAUUCUGCAGCUGAUUUCAGGUGGAGGACUUUCCAUCACAAACUCCCACCUCCUGUGUGGAGACUUCCUGUACAGCGGACACACGGUGAUGCUCACCCUCACCUACCUGUUCAUCAAGGAAUACUCGCCGCGGUCGUUCUGGUGGUACCAUCUCAUGUGCUGGCUGCUGAGUGCCGUGGGGGUGGUGUGCAUCCUGGUGGCACACGAGCACUACAGCGUGGACGUGGUUGUGGCUUAUUUCAUCACUUCCCGGCUGUUCUGGUGGUACCACACCAUGGCCAACCUACAGACUCUGAAAUGCUCGCCCAACAACUACCUCACCAACACCUGGUGGAACCCAGUAUUCAACUUCUUCGAGAGGAACGUCCAGACCUCGGUUCCAUGUUCCUACAGUUGGCCCAUCACCUGGCCUCCGGCCUGCCUUAAGAACCCCUGCAAGAAGUACUCCAUGGUCCAGAGCACACGGGAGGAGUAACACAACCCUGAAGCCAAAGCCGCAGCAGUGUUACUUGAAAGUCCUCUGAGGUGGCAUUUAUUCAUUCAUUGAUUCAUUCAGUCUUGUCUGCUACACAGGAACACUGAUAUCAGAUUCAAAGCUAUGAAUGAAAUGUUUCAGUGUUAUGUGUCUAGAAGGAUAAUCAUAUUGUCUUUGCCACUGUGAUUUAUUUAUGAAGUCCUGCAAGUCAUUACUGUUUUUGUAAAUGAUAAUUGUAACUGACCCUAGUGGUUUUAACACAUAAACCGGCAGUUGUUUGCAUCAUAUUUGCAGGUUUGUUGCAGUAUUUGCAAGACUUGAUUGAUUUUCCUCUUUAUCUCUUCCAUACUAUAUAUUUUUAUGGGGUAUACCUCUAUAUUAUGUCAGUGUGCUCAAGUCACAAGGUGCCUUAGUGAGUUAAAUGUCCAUAGGUAUACAAAGCCGCCAAUGUCUUAGUGUAAUUGUUUUUCAUUUUUUUAAUGAGUUUUUCUUAUCUUUAUUAUAUAUUUUAGUUGCCUUGAGUGUGUAUAUCCCAGCUGUAGUCUCAACAUUGUACUGCUGUAUUAAAAUUUUACCAUACUAAAGCUUCAGUGUGCUCCUUUUUACUUAAUUAAACAACUGAUCAGGUAGAUUGUUCUGCUGUAAACCACAAGCUGCAUAUGUAUUAAAGUGAAAUCCCAUAUUAAGAACAAUAAUGUAUAGGGCUAUGUAUAUGUACAAAGUUAGAAAUGAGUUAUGUAUUGUGUAUAUGCAUAGUAUAUAUAAAAGUACAAUCUUGGAUUUGUACUUUCCAUUAUAAACUAUAAACAAAUUUAGUAUUAAAUUGUUGCUUAAUUUGGCUUCAGGAUUUUUCCUUAAAGUUCUCAACUCUUAUGUUUAACAUAUUAUUAAUUUGUAAUAAAAAAAAAAUGUACAAAGACUAUGAAAAAGAAACAAGAUAACAAGAAUGCCAGAAACAGCAAUGCAAUAAAUGUGACAUGUUAAUGAUAAGGGCGAUUAACAACAUAUUUUUUUAAUUAAGAAGUUCACAUUCUGUUGUUUGAAUAGACUCACCCAGUAACACGGCUGCAUUUUCUCUUCAGUGGUGAAUAUUGCAGGUAUAAUGUCAGAAUGGAUAUAAAGGGGUUUGUCAAUUUUUAAUGAGCCAUUAUCAAACAUUAGUCGCUUCCAUUUAUAACUGUUAAUAAAUCAUGGUUCUACAAUCCA